UUUUAAAUCAAAUUGUGAGACGCCUUAAACUACAAGGGUGCAAAGCUGCAGAGGAUUUUCUUGCCAGUUUCAGAAAGCUAAAAUUGAAAUGUCAAAUUCCCAUGGAAGAAAAGCAUUUCAUAAAGAUGUCUCAGAGCGCUCUUAGAUUGCCACUAAGGAUGAAGACCGAUGAUAUACAAUUCAGAGACUUUACCGACCAAGCAAACCGUGGUUGUUGCCGCUUUUUCUUGUAGUGAUUUUGGCAUCAGAGUUUACUAAUUAUCAAAGUUUCAGAGAUAAGGUCAAUCGUCCAACACUGAUAUAUGUUGUUCCCAACUUAACUGCUAGCCCAGUAGGAAUAAGAUUUUAUUCUAAAAGGUACGUAUCAGUGUAAUUAGGAAUAGAACCAUGUAUGUAAUAUUAAGUUGUAAAUUGUUUUGUCAAAUUCCCGAUGUCGGAUUUCCAACCACAAUCAAAUUACAAACAAUCUUCCUUGUUGAACUUUUGAUUGAUAUUUUUCAAGAUAAUUUGAUUGUUCAGAUGGUUUUUGUGUUCACCAAAAAGACUGCCUACUGACUUGGGAAGCACUGAUCUAUAUAUUGGACUUGCGGAGUAAGUUGCGUAAACUUUGAGGCCAAAGAAAGAGGGGACGUUUUUUGGAAGUAAUCUUUGCUUUGAAGCAUUAUUCACAUCCCCUAACAGUGUUGUUUUUUGCAGCAAUAAAAAAAAAGAAGAUCGAAGUCUCCAGUCCAGGAGUCUGCUGGUUUACCAUGGUGCUGGAGAAUGGAAUUAGAUUUUUCCUUUCGAAAUCAAACACUCCAUACUUCUGUUAAAUUUAGGAAAAUAUGAAGUCAUAUAUUUAGUUGAGUUAUUCCCACAAGAAUUUACUUCCUCUUUUUUCAAUCUAUUUCCUUUUUAUGAUAUGAUAAGUUGGGUAGAAUGGAGUAAGAAUUUAAAAAAUCUCAUUUUGGUAAACUAAUGUUCAUGCACGUCUGGAGCUGUGAAAAAUUGAUUCCUAGGAAAAUAUGUAUCAGAUUUAAGUAAGGAGUAACGUACAUACAUUUGAAUCCUAUCCGUUUCAUUAGGAUUCGAGUUUCGUUUUGGUAUAGCUAAGUUUUCGAGGACUUGGGUGGCGGAUAGAUUGAAGGAGAGCAGAGCCAUGGUGAACUUCUUUUGGGUUGGCAUUGGAACAGCACUUGUUUUCAGAACUUGGGUUGAUGGGUUUGUGGAAGAGAAGAGUCUUGAUGCGACGGUGCCUUCUUUGUUGGAGACCUAUGGGAGCUCCAAUUCUGCAAACGACAUACUCAUGGUAGAGAUAACACUUGUCGAAGGAGCUGCUGCCAAAGGAGCAGUCUGCCUGGAUGGAACAGUACCCGCUUAUCAUUUGCAUCGUGGAUAUGGAUCGGGGGUGAACAGUUGGCUCAUUCACCUUCAGGGAGGAGCAUGGUGUAAUGACACCAAAAGUUGUUCUAACCGCAAAUUGUCAGCAUAUGGAUCAUCAGCACACAUGGAAAAGGAGAGAGCAUUUUCUGGAAUACUAAGCAAUAAAUCUGAAGAAAAUCCCGAGUUUUUCAACUGGAAUAGAGUAGAACUUCGCUAUUGUGAUGGCGCUUCAUUUUCUGGGGACAGUGAAAAUCAGGAAGCACAACUGCAAUUUCGAGGACAGCGUAUAUGGUUAUCUGCAAUGGACGAUUUGAUGUCAAAGGGAAUGCGCAACGCAAAUCAGGCUCUUCUUUCUGGUUGCUCUGCCGGCGGUCUGUCAUCCAUUUUGCACUGUGAUGAGUUUCGGAGCUUGUUUCCCACAACUACAAAAGUGAAGUGCCUGAGUGAUGCUGGAUUUUUUCUCGACGCGGUUGAUAUAUCUGGUGGACGCACACUCAGGGAUUAUUAUAGUGGUGUUGUAAGCUUGCAGGGGGUGCAAGAAAAUCUGCCGCGAUUCUGUACUAGUCACCUCGACCCUACUUCGUGCUUCUUUCCUGAGAACUUAAUCGCGAACAUUACAACCCCGCUUUUUAUACUCAAUUCAGCAUAUGACUCAUGGCAGAUCUAUAACAGUUUAGCUCCACCAUCAGCAGAUCCCGGCGGUGAGUGGAACAGUUGCAGAUUAAACCUUGCAAGUUGUUCGGCAUCACAGAUGCAAAUUCUGCAAGGAUUCAGGAAUCAAAUGCUGAAUGCAGUAAAACAAUUCUCGGUGUCUAAUCAAACUGGGAUGUUCAUAAAUUCGUGUUUCGCGCACUGUCAAACGGGGCAAAGUGCAUGGUCUGCUCGUGAUUCUCCAGCUGUUGGAAACAAGACAAUUGCAGAAGCUGUCGGAGAUUGGUAUUUUGAUAGAGCAGAGGUUAAGGUUGUUGAUGAAACCUGCCGCCAUCUGGCUAUCGAGUGAGCAUUGUUUGAUCGAUUAUUUACAUGGUCAUUGUAUUGAGUUGUAGGUACUAUAAUGCUAGCCCUUCUGGUUAAUGAAAUAACUUUGUAAUAAUUGGAGUCAAUAGAAUUCUACAAAGAACAAAAAAACAAACGAAAGAAUUGGAGAAAACGGUAAAACAUAUGGCUAAUGAGAAUGCCAACGCAUUGUACAACGAGUGCCUGCAGACGAUUGAAGAAUAUGCCUGCAGAUGACUGAAGAAUAUUCUCUUUCUUCCAUGGUGACAAUGGUGAGUAGUUUGGUGAUGCCGGAUUCCUUGCCUGGACGAUGAACUGGGUCCUUGUCUCCAACACAGUCAACCUCUGGUCAUGGUCUGGACUCUGGACCUGAUUUCCCUCUACCCUCCAGACACAAAUUCAAGCAGUGUACUUGGAAGUACGAUGAUAUUUAUUGUUGGAUGCGUAUACAUGGCCUUUGUCAUCUAAUUCAUGUACAUGUUUCGGGGGUAAUUUGUAUUUUGACAUAAUCAUAAUAUAUAUAUAUAUGUAUGUAUGUAUGUAUUUUAUAUACCAAAUGUAUAGAGAAAAUUGGGCCAAUUCUUGAGCAGAAUCCGUUCAUCUGUAGCUCUAGCAGGAUCCGCUCUCGCAACAUCUAGAGACGUACCCCAGUAAAGUAGGCACAAAUCAAAUCUCCAUUAUCCCAGUUAAGUGUCUCUUCCUAAUUAAACGGGAUCCAUGUCGAUAACAUCUGUGCAACUACUGUAUUACUAUGCUUAUCGUUGACGAUAUGUUGUCCAUGUUGAUACCAAUCCAGCUACAAUUCAGCGGGAUCCCGCCAUAGAGAAAAUUAACC